CCGCCCGGCGCCGCCAGAGAGGGGAGCGCUCGCCCGGCCGCUGCUGCUCUGCCGCCAUGGACUGACCGCGCGCCCCGCACCGCCCGCACCGCCCGCCACGAGCUGACACCAUGAACCAGCUGAUCCUUUGCACACUGCUCCUCUUGGCCCGUGGGGAGCCGGCCAGGGCAUGUCCUGCAGGCUGCCAGUGCCAUGACCCCAGGACCAUCCUGUGUGCAGCCAGGCGGGGCCAGACGGUGCCCCAGGGGCUGCCCCCCAGCACCCUCUCCCUCUAUGUCUUUGAGAACGGCAUCACAACGCUCAGUGAGGACAGCUUUGCAGGGCUGCCUGCCCUCCAGCUCCUGGACCUCUCACAAAACAAGAUCACCAGCAUCCAGAGAAACAUCUUCCAGCCCCUGACGGAGCUCGUCAACUUGGACCUGUCCUCCAACCAUCUGCAAGAGAUCACCAAUGAGACCUUCCAUGGGCUGCGGCUGCUGGAACGGCUCUACCUGCAGAGGAACAGGAUCCAGCACAUCCAUGCUGCUGCCUUUGACACACUGGAGAAUCUGCUGGAGCUAAAGCUGCAGAACAACCAGCUCAGGGCUGUGCCCCCCCUCGACCUGCCCAACCUCCUGCUGCUGGACAUCAGCUGGAACAAGAUCCCUGCCAUUGCACCAGGGGCUUUCCAUGCUGUCAGCAUUGAGUCCCUGAAGAUUGCAGGGAUGGGCCUGACGAGCUUAAACGAGGAGCUCUUCCAAGUCCAAAACAACCUCCAUGAGCUGGACGUCUCUGACAACUUGCUGGAGUGUGUCCCGGCGGUGCUGCGGCGGCUGGGCAGCCUCACCAAGCUCAGCCUGGCCGGCAAUGCCCGCAUCUCCCAGCUGCCAGCCGAGGACUUCCAGAGCCUCCACAACCUCCAGGAGCUGGACAUCAGCAACCUCAACAUCAACACCAUCCCUCGGGAUUUCUCCAGCUUCUUUCCCAGGCUGCGGGCCGUAACGGCUGCCGGCAACCCCUUCAACUGUAUCUGCCAGAUGAGCUGGCUGGUGCAGUGGGUGAACGCCAGUGGUGUUGUCCUGCGGCGCCCUGAGGAGACGCGCUGCCACUUCCCCCCCAAAAACUCUGGCAAGCUCCUCCACCACCUGCAAUACACUGACUUUGGCUGCCCCACCACCACCCCCACGCCCACCACGUCCCGCACCACCACGCUGCCACCGCCUGCGCCGCUGCCCAGCACCCACCGCCCACCGCCCCCCCCCAGCACCGCUGCACCCACCCUGAGGCCCAGAGACCCCCAGGACAGCUCCACAUCAGUGCCCUUCAGCGGCGCCCCAGCCCCCACCAGCCCCCCAGCGCCCAUCUGUCCCCCCCGCACGUGUCUGAACGGCGGCACCUGUCACCUGGGUGCCCAGAACCUCCUGGAGUGCCUGUGCCCCGCCGGCUUUGCUGGCGCGUACUGCGAGGUGGAGGCGAGGGGAACGACGCCAGCCCCGGGCACACCAGCCCUGCCACCUGCACAGCGGGUCAGCAUCGCCCAGGUGGGCAGCACCUCCCUCAAAGUGGACCUGCACAACUACGUCCAGUCCAAGGCGCAGCUGAAGGGAAUCCGCCUGAGCUACCGGAACCUGUCGGGGCCAGACAAGCGGCCGGUGAUGCUGCGCUUGCCGGCCUCGCUCUCCGAGUACACGGUGCGGGCGCUGAAACCCAACUGCACCUACCGCGUCUGUAUUGGGGCGCUGGGGGAGGUCCCCAAGGAGGAGCAUUGUGCUGAGGCACACACCCUGCCCCUCAGCCUGCAGCAGCACUCCCCUGUCACCCAGAGCCAGGACCCCAACCUCGCCUUGAUCCUCAUCCCUGUGCUGGCCGCCGCGCUGCUGCUGCUGCUGGUGGCCACUGCUGCCAUGUACUACUGCCGGCACCGCCAGGCCAAGGCGCGCACCAGCGCUGGGGUAGACACCGGCCCACUGGAGCUGGAAGGGGUGAAAGCCUGCCUGGAAAAUGGGGAUUUGAGCAGCCACGGCUGCAAGGUGCCAGAGGCAGCGAUGCUUUCCAGUGGCUCUGAGUGCGAGGUGCCACUCAUGCAGUCGCAUUACCCCAGCAACAACAAUACCCCGGGGCUCAAACCCUCCUACUUCUGA